UCCUCCCCGCGCCACCGCCCGCCGAGGCGCCGCGGGGCCGCCCCCCGCCGCCGUCGCCGCGCCCGCCCCGCCUCAGCCUAGCGCCUUGGCCGCUCCCGCCAUGCGGCUCUGGGUGCUCCUCAGCCUGCUGCUGCUGCAGGAAACGCUGCCGCACGUGAUUGGACAGCCUGGGAAGAGUAGGCGGCCAAAAGAACCUGGGGAAAACAAAAUUAAGCCUGUUAACAAAAAAAUAAAACCCAAAACUUCCAAAAUGAAGGAUAGAGAAUCUGCUGACUCCUCUUUGAAGUCCCAGUCCAUACUGACACAGGUGAUGGAUAAAGGUCGUUUCCAGAAACUAGCUGCCACUUUAAGCCUGUCUGCAGGACAAAGCAUAGAACUGCGAUGUAAGGGGAGUAAUGUUACUUGGAACUAUCCUUCGUACUUGGACACCUUUAAAGACUCCAGACUCAGUAUAAAGCAGCUUGACAGAUACAGUCAGCUGAUCCUCGCAAACUCCACUGCAGCAGACACAGGUGAAUAUAGCUGCUGGCUUCAGCUGUGCAGUGGUAACAAAUGCAGGAAGGAUGAGACUAAAACAGGGUCAACGUACAUCUUUUUCACAGAUAAAGAGGAACUUUUUGUACCUACUCCCAGCUAUUUUGAGAUUGUCUACCUAAACCCAGAUAAACCUGCAGUCAUCCCAUGCCGUGUUACUAGUCCUUCAGCAAAAGUAACUCUACACAGGGAAUUUCCAGCAGGAGAAAUUGAAGCAGAUGGAACUGAUAUUAUUUAUGAUGUGAAGAAGGGUUUUGUCUACCAGCACCCUACUUCUGAUCAUAAAGGUAUUGUCUACUGCAAAGCAGAGUCACAGGGAGCACCUCAGAUUUCCAUCAAGUAUCACCUACUGUAUGUGGAAGUUCCCAAGGGCCCGCCCUCAACCACAAUUGCGGCAUCAUCCAGUAGAGCAGAAGUCAGUGACAGCAUUCAUGUAAUCUGCACAGUCCUUGGGGAGCCAGAUGUAGAUGUGAACUUCAGGUGGCAGUACCCAGGGCAGGAGUCUGAGCGGCCUGUGAUUAUCCAAAACUUCUGGAGACUGAUAAACAGAGGAACUGGACAUACCACGAGAAUCUCAAAGAGUGUUCUUCUUGUUGAGGAUUUUGAAGCCAAAGAUGCUGGAAACUACAUUUGUAUAGCUCAGAACCUACAAGGAGAAACAACAGUAGCUACUAAAGUUGAACUAAAUUGAUAGGAAAGGCUUCUGGACAUAGAAUGAACUGAGAAAAGGAAAGAUGUUUCAUUUACACAGAACUAUAUCUGGAUAAACAACCAACCGCUGCUCUCACCCUGGAUUUAGUUACCAGUAGAAGGAAAGAGAUUUUCUAGAGAAAAGGUAAGAACUUGAUAGCAACAUUGUUGGACAUUUUUCAGACCUUUGAGUAGCUGUAUAUAGUACUGUUUUGAGUAGUGAUAUCUAGUAAGUAGUAAUGUAAAAAUGGCAGCUUCUGAAUAAUGUCAUUAACCUGAUUAUUAGUGUAGCCAAUGGAAACAUUAAACAAGCUGGCUGAAAGUUUUCUUCAGCAUGCAGGAACCUAAACCAAUGUAACAAAUAGGAUAAAUCUCCACAGUAAAGACUGAAAUGGCUCUGUGCUUGUGUCAUGAAAUAACCUUCACAGAGAACACUCCCCAGCUGCCUGUAAUAGCGUUGGCCUCUGGAAACAAUACAGCAAGCAAUAGGACCAACUUUGAAAGGGUAAGAGGCAGUCCCAUGUUAAUCUCCUUUCUCAUUGCUAUUAAAUGGUAUCAAGAAAUGUUACACUGUUACCCAAAUCACUAAGGGGGUGUUACACAAUCUAAUAUUAUUAUCUAAAAAGGUCUUUGAACUUUUUUUUUAUAGGCAAGACUUCAAUCUGACUAAAGUAACUUUAACAGUUCCUGAGCUUCUGGAUGAGACUGUGCAAUGUCUUCAUUCCUUUUUAGUAUUUUCAUUUAUCAGAACAACAUAUUUCCCUUUGAGCUACAGGAGCUGUGCUGCUGCUUAAAUUUCAAAGUGCUUUUGAGCCUUUGACAACUGAUUUCCUUUAAAAUACCUAGGAAUGGGAGAUAGUGUCACCACCUAUUCAGACUUGUUAACAGAACAGCAGCGCAUGUGGUAGCAUCACUUCCUUGGUGACAGUUUGGCAGGAGAGGAAAAAGACAGUGUAAAUCCACUGCUGCAUAAUUGCUCAAGUAGUCUCACGCAGGUUUAAUGGUUGUACGUACAGAUGACAUGCAGUUCUCAUGAUUAAUUUUAACAGAAGCAGUGCCUUUAAGGAAGGGUUUUUGGUGGUGGUUGUUUUUUCUUCCCCCCUGCAAACAUCAAACUAGUUCUCAUAAUUGUAAACUAUGAAAAUUAUUUUACUAUAUUUUUUACAUCGUUCUUGUUUUACCAAAAGCCUCCUGGGCAGGCCGAUGCUUUUACAUUGCUGCAAUUACACAUUUCCACAUAGAUGAGCAGUGACACAGGGUAAGAUAAUGAAGCCCAGGAAAUUAAAUUUAAGUGACUUGUCAAAGUCACACGCCUAAACCCACCAGUAUUGUUAUUUCUAUUCCCAUACCUCAGUCACCACUCUGCUAAGGUAGGGCAGCAGCACUGGACAGAAGGUAUUUGUUCCUUAAGGGUUCAAUGAUUAUUCCAACUUUCUGAUGACCUUUGUAACUCUGGCUCAGCCCUAAAUGAUUUCCUGGCUGUCAGGCAACUACAGUUUUAAAGACAGGUGGUUACUUACUGUCUAGAAGGAAUUUCCUGCAUGAAUUACUUGAUACCAGUUUACAUGCAAGCAUCUUUGGUGUUUGUAGUGAGACACUUCAAGUCUUCAGUUAGCAUAAGGAAAUGAUUCACCUCAAAUUUUACAGCAAAUACAGUGCAACUCAUACAAAGACUUUGAGAGAAAAGUAUUGAAGGGAGGUGAAUCAUGUCACGAGUAGUUUGAAUGGGAACAAAAUAUUUGGUACAGAUAUAAAUGUCACUGUAACUUCCUUUGAAAUUUAUCAUUAGAGCUGGAACUACUAGUUAAGAUUGCACAUCUAAAGAAAAUCACUUGUUGAAUUGCUUGACUAGCAGUAGACCUUUGGCAUAUAUUUAUGGUGAGCAGGUUUCUAGCUUUUCCUGAAGGAAACUUUAUGCUAAAGAAAUUACCAAAAAAAA